UCAGCUCCCGAGCCGCCGCCGCCACCUCCGAGGGAAGGGCUGCCCUGCCGGCCUCGGCCUCGCGGCGCCCCGGAGGACGAGGGUCAGUAUAUUUUAAUCGUCCAUUCUUGACACAAAAGAAAAGGAAAACACUGCGGUGAAUGAAGAGUCCUCUACUUUUUAGCACUGUUUUUCUACUGUAGUUGGUCUUUGAAUGAGGAUGACAAUGGAAGAGAUGAAGAAUGAAGCUGAGACCACUUCUAUGGUUUCUAUGCCACUAUAUGCCGUCAUGUACCCUGUGUUUAAUGAGCUAGAACGAGUAAAUCUGUCUGCAGCUCAGACACUGAGAGCAGCUUUCAUCAAGGCUGAAAAAGAAAACCCAGGUCUCACCCAGGACAUCAUUAUGAAAAUUCUGGAGAAAAAAAGCGUAGAAGUUAACUUCACAGAAUCCCUUCUUCGUAUGGCAGCUGAUGAUGUAGAAGAGUAUAUGAUCGAGAGACCAGAGCCUGAAUUCCAGGACUUGAAUGAAAAGGCACGAGCACUUAAACAGAUUCUCAGUAAGAUCCCCGAUGAGAUCAAUGACCGAGUGAGGUUCCUUCAGACAAUCAAGGAUAUCGCCAGUGCAAUAAAAGAACUUCUUGACACAGUGAACAACGUCUUCAAAAAAUAUCAAUACCAGAACCGCCGGGCACUUGAACACCAAAAGAAAGAGUUUGUAAAAUACUCUAAGAGCUUCAGCGACACUCUGAAAACCUAUUUUAAAGAUGGAAAGGCAAUAAAUGUGUUCAUAAGUGCCAACCGAUUAAUUCAUCAAACCAACUUGAUACUUCAGACCUUCAAGACUGUGGCCUGAAAAUUGUAUAUGUUAAGAGCUGUACGUUUCAGUGGUGGUGUUAAACUGCUGCCUUUACCUGUAAAUUUUAAAGUUUGACUGUAUAAAUUAUCAGUCCCUCCUGAUGGGACCUAAUCCAGGAUGUUGAAUGGGAUUAUUGCCAUCUUACACCAUAUUUUUGUAAAACGUAGCUUAAUCAUAAUCUUACACUGAAGAUUUUGCAUCACUUUUGCUAUUAUCAUUCUUUUAAGAAUUAUAAGCCAAAAGAAUUUACGCCUUAAUGUGUCAUUAUGUAACAUUCCUUAAAAGAAUUGUAAAUAUUGGUGUUUGUUUCUGACAUUUUAACUUGAAAGCGAUAUGCUGCAAGAUAAUGUAUUUAACAAUAUUUGGUGGCAAAUAUUCAAUAAAUAGUUUACAUCUGUUAAA